UUUAGAAGGGGUGGGGAUAUAUAGGCUCUUCCGCCGCUUGGAUUUAUCGACAUUGUUGUUAAAAGUAGAUUUCCAGGCUGCAGCGCUGAUUCAUUAACUGGGAUUCUUCAGUGAAUAUCGGGCGAUGCUCCUCCAUGAAGAAAGAAAGCCCUUCCCAAGGUUAAUGAUAUCGUACAUUGCAGCUUUACUGAACUGCUUUUCCAGCUGAAUAUUAGUCAUGCCGGUGGAAUGGAGAAAUUGAGUAAUCAAGAGCUUGAGAAUUUAGCUUCUUCAACCCAUGAUCAGGACAAAGGCAGUGUGAAACAGGGCAGUCACAGCAUUAACAUGUUUCCUUUGUGCAGAAAUCAUGGAGGGAGUAAACGAAAUCCAGGCUACUACAGUACACAAGAACAGUCUGGGAACAGUCCUAGCAACAUGAGCAAUAGUCCACAACUCCAAGCCCCAGAGAAAGUCACUCUUAUUGUAGAUGGAGCAAGAUUUGUUGUAAACCCACAAAUUUUCAUAGCCCAUCCUGAUACCAUGUUGGGAAGAAUGUUUGGACCAGGACGAGAAUAUAACUUUACGCGUCCAAAUGAAAAGGGCGAAUAUGAAAUUGCAGAAGGCAUCAGUUCUGCUGUUUUUCGAAUUGUUCUGGAUUAUUACAAAACUGGAAUCAUUCACUGUCCUGAUGGAAUUUCUAUUCCUGAUCUCAGAGACACUUGUGACUAUCUUUGCAUCAAUUUUGAUUUCAACACAAUCAAGUGUCAAGAUUUAAGUGCAUUAUUGCAUGAACUGUCCAAUGAUGGGGCUCAUAAGCAGUUUGAUGGCUAUUUGGAAGAGUUAAUCCUACCAAUAAUGGUUAGUAGUGCUAAAAAAGGAGAGCGUGAAUGUCAUAUUGUCGUAUUAACGGAUGAAGACAUAGUGGACUGGGAUGAAGACUAUCCACCUCCAAUGGGGGAAGAAUAUUCACAAAUUCUGUAUAGUUCUAAACUCUACAGAUUCUUCAAGUACAUUGAGAAUCGGGAUGUUGCAAAAACUGUUUUGAAAGAACGUGGCCUCAAAAACAUAAGAAUUGGCAUUGAAGGUUAUCCCACUUGUAAGGAGAAAGUGAAAAAGAGGCCUGGAGGGCGCUCUGAAGUUAUCUACAACUAUGUUCAACGUCCAUUCAUCCAGAUGUCUUGGGAAAAGGAAGAAGGAAAAAGUCGGCAUGUUGAUUUCCAGUGUGUUAGAAGCAAAUCUCUAACAAACCUUGUAAUGGCAGGUGAAGACAUAGCAGAAGACCAAGAGGUUAUGAUGCAUCACCCUCCCCAGGUAGACGAGCUUGAUCGAUUAAAUGCACCACACUCUCAAAUGGAUGCUAAUGAAGUGGCAGAUUAAUUAAGCAGCACAAAUGGCUCUCAAAUGGACUUCACUGAGCUUUUGGGUGGGGACUUAAUGCCCAACUCAGAGCUGAAUUUUCUUGUCAUGGUUGCUAUGGUUUCCAAAUAUAGUCUCUUCAAGCCCAGAGGACUUUUUUUAAAAACAAAUUUGCUUCUUGUGGGUCCCAAGCAUUCUCUUAGGAGGAUUGGAAACCUGAGGAUUGAGCUAACAUUUAUCCCUGUAGCUAAAUAAAUGCAUUGGAACUAAAAGAAUGGGAACCUAUUUUCAACUCACUUGAAUUGAAAGGAUUGAUUAUGUGUCAUCAAGUCAUUUUCUAUUCCUACCACUUAGAUUUUCUCCAUGAUGAUCUGUCCCAAAUUUCUUUGUUCAACUCUCCCAACAGUGCACUCCCAAUGCCCCUGCAACUGCCCAUCCAUCUUGCUACUGGUUGCCCUCCUCUUCUCUUUUCCUUCCUGCUUUCCCAGCAUUAGAGCUUUUUCUUGAAAGACUUUGUGUGAAAUAUUAGAAGUGGCAUAGUUUGACUCUGGUCAUUUGUGCCUCAAGUGAUAAAGUCUACAUUGAGCUGUUUGAUAUUCCAUUGAAUUGGAAGGAAUGCAACAUAAAAAAUGUCUUAAAGUCUUCAUUAACAUUAAUCUACACAGACUCAGUUUUAAAAGGUACCAUAUCAUAAAGGAUUCCAUUGUGGUAUUACAGUCAUUAUCAGUAUCAUAGCAAUGAGUUUGGUAACCCUUCAUCCUCCAUUAUCUGGCUGAAGUAGAUAUUUAUAGACAAAACAUCACACCUACGAUGCAUGCACUUUUGUCGCUUUCUGUUCAGUUUCCUAAUAUUGACAUAACAGCUCAGAAAGGAAGAUCAGACGCACUUACCAAGGUAAGCACCAACAGGGAGAAAUUGGAAUCUGUGGGUGCCCAGUGAACCACUCAAAUUAUUUACAAGGAAAGAACCAGCCCUACUUUACAUAUAUGCCUGAGUUGUGCUUACUUACUGGAAAUAAGCUACUGGGAUACAAAAGAAAGUACCACUUGCAGAAAACAAUGCAUAAUCUUGGGCUCAAACAUUCAAGCAGUAACACUGGAGGAACGAAGAUGGCUGAACAUUCCCUCCCCUCAAAGCAAAGGCUGCAAAGCAACAUUUCUUGAAUGGAAAAAACUUCCUUGUGGAAGUAUUCCACAGCAUUUUUAAGGAAGUGACUCUUGCAGGAAAACCUGCGCUACAGCAGCUAUCAUUUGAGUCUUGAGUCUGGAAAAUGCUUUGUGGUUGUUCCAUAUAAUCCGUCCUCUUGGCUAAAGAUAUUGAUCUUUGAUACUAGCAAGGAUGUCAGCUUUGUCAUCACUUCUCAGCAUUUUGGCUAAUAUCAAUUGCAGGAGUAAGUUUCCUAUCCUGUUUUCCCGAAAAUAAGACCUCCCUGGAUAAUAAGCCCAGUCAGGCUUUUGAGUGCAUGCGCUAAAAUAAGC